AUGCCUAGUAGAGCUGUAGUAGACAACAGAUUCUCAGCAGUCAUCAACAUUUUACAAGUCCCUGGCGUAUCACGCGCCACCAGUAGAACUCAUUAUCCUCAACAAAGUUUCGGAACACGUGGCAAAUGUGACUACUUGCUGCGCUGGGCUGGUCAACAUACAGCCCUCCACAGACUCGGACACGGCGGGCAGCGCAACGAGACAACAAGUUCGACUGAACUGCACUGGUUCUCACAAGGUUUUGCACGGUCCGGGAGGGGCGACGACGCUAGUUCGACCUCACAAAAACACCGCGGAACGCACCGAGGGAGAUUUCGUGCGGAGUAUGGAAAACAUUGUCGAAAUUUCAUCCAGUGUGUGAUGAAAAAGCUAUGUUGUGAAGAGUACGACAGUUGAAUCCUUUUUAUUUUGUUCUUCUAUUUCUCUUGAGCUUUCUCGAGAUCGUCACCGGAAUACGUAAACGCGGACACUUUAACCAGCAGUAUAAAAUAGAAACGUCGCACGCUCAACAGGAUUCUGUACAGUCACAUAAGUACUUGUGAACUGUUUCUCUGGUACUAAGUCUUAUAUAUAAUUCAUUUUUUUUGUUUAUUUUAUCAGUGACUGUUCCCUGACCUCUCCUACCCCUUAGGGUACUCUCCUUUCUUCCUGUAAACUACUAGUCGGUUGUUUUCUCUAUUUCUAUACAUCUCUUCCUUCCUCUCCUCUUCUCCCUUGUCAUCAAGAUGAAAAUAGUAUUAGCGUUGUCAUGUAAAGUAGCUCUUCUUCUGGUUUCGUGCCUUUUCCAAAAAAACAACACUUAGGAACAGCAGACAGCUGAAAGCUUCACAACAAUCCCAACAAGAUCGUUAAAUCAAUGCCUUACACUCUUUGGCUUUAAAGUUAUUUUAUCAGUGCCUUAACUUCCUUCAACUGUCUCAAUUUACUCACUUGAUGUUUUGAAUAUAUUGUUCUUACUUGAUGAGUGUGGAAAUUCUUCAUAGUCUGAUGACAGUGCCUAACAUGCUCGAAGUGACUCUUUUACCUACUUCAAUCUCGUACAUACAUCAGUCUCUUAAUCGAUCGCUUACGCAUUUUAUGUCUUCGAUAGCUUUCGCGUCUUGGUCUUGUCUUUAUUUGAUGUUUCGUCUUACUCUUGUCGCUCGCUUCUCACUCAAUUCUGUGGCCAUUGUAUAUUUCUUCGGUUUCUACUUUGAUUGGUAUCAGAACCCUUCUUUUCUCUACAAGUCUGUUUGUGAAAUCGGUUUAGGAUAAGUGCGCAAUUCUCGCUCACAUCACUCCAACCACUGACUUCAACAACACAUUUCUUUGACUAGUUGUAGUUUCUUGGUUGUUUGCCUGCUUGAUGGUUGCUUAAAAAAAAACUCUUUUAGGGACUACCAAUCGAUUACAACAAUGGCUACCUCCUCGCCUCUCAGUGGGUUGGAAAGAAUAGCCUACAUCAACGAUAUAGCACACGAUGGAGCCGCUUGACUUAAGGCCUAAUAUUUUCUUGCUUGGUGAUGCUACUCUGUCUAACAUUCCACUUUUGCUGGAAUCUUAGCCUUCUGGGGGUUGGCUAUUUUGGUCUGCUACAACUUGGUUUACUCGUCAUAAAUAAAGCACGUUGCUGUCCAAGUCGCUGGUUGACGAUUAUGAAGUAAAGUGGAGCCUGCUUUACUUCGUUAGGGAUAUUACUCCAUGUGCAUUGCAAGGGUUGCAGUGGCAUCUUUAUCCUUUUAAGGCCAUAUAAUAACAGUCAACUCUGGUAGAGUGCGUGGAAUAUCUACCAGUUAAGGCAUAUGCCAAAAGGGUUAAAGAGGACCGGCAAGCUGAUACGGGCAAAGAUAGGCGUUGGCAACGAAAUAAACUCGAAGAUAUAGCUCAAAUCUUGAGGCCUCCUUUAGUUAUUUCCACACGGCGUUUAGAGGAUGUGCCCAUGGGUGAGCAUGCACCCCAGAGCCAUGGGUGCUCGCCUUACUUUUAAAUGUGCGAGCGCUCAUCUUUCGUUCCUUCCUCUUGAUGAGACCUCUGGCGGCAGUAGUGUGGUUCUACAAGUGCGCACACAUUAAGAACCUUUUUAAGUCAUCCCUCUUACUUACUUUUACUAGAAGUUCUUCUUACAACUUACUGUGUCGUCGUCGAUGUAUCGCUUUCGGUUUCGUCGUCUCGGUUUUCGCUGCUGUGACUAGGUCUAGCAUAGUCGACGCUUCAAGUCCUUUCAUGACCUUUUUUCAUCAAAACAACCCACAACCACACACUCACACUUAGAAGGUACUAAGCCACGAUGUUUGCCUCUCGGCGCUCGCCACCUCAGAGGCUUGAGGGAAGUCCUCACUACAAUUGCACUCCAUAGAAAUACUGAUCUUAGACAGUCCUACUAGGUUUAUCUUAUUCUUGUUAAUAUUUGAUAGAAACGUCGUAGUACGCAUGUCACGAAUCGAUCUUUAGGAAUCCCUUCAUAAGGCCGUGGGAAUUCUUCUUGAUGAGUUUCUUCAAAAAACAGGGCCAGAACUUUGGAUUGCUCUUAUUAAAGGCGCUUUCAGACCUCAUGAUAAAUCUACCCGUUUACUCGUUGGAUUAAACUACUUAACCUUCUAACUAUGAUUUCAAAAAAAUGUCAAUUGAGAAAUGUCAAGAGCAAGAAUGUCGAUGUGUGACUUUUCGCCUGCUGAUGCUCUGCAGAUUCUGAAUAUGAAUGGACUUUGAACAGUUGUUUUAAAGAAAAAAGGAGUUUGAUUUCGGAUAAAAAUAGAGUACCCACUGCGCGAACGUGUAAACCACUACUACCAAGUGUUUUUUCCAUUUCUAGAGAGGACAAUGAUCGCAAGGUUCCCCAUCUUCUUUUCCUUGUAAUGGAGACUUUUUUGAAUA